AAAAACUGCUGUUUUUUACGUUUCGGUUUACUGAACUUCAGCCAUCUUCAGAAACACUGUGUUUAAAAUAGAUAGAAGGUAAUAAAUUUUACAAUCUUUCCAAAAAACUUUUACUAAACAAUUUCUUAUGCACACUAUCUCGAAACUCACAACUUGUUUUGCCGCGGGUUUCCCUAACGGCCGUCUCCUCAAAUUUCAUAUUGCUCAUAUAUAACGUAUUCAAACAUUCAUCCGAUUAUGGUUUCAUAUUGUAGCAUGUAAAAUAUUAAAUACCUAUUUAAAUUUCUUUCGAAGAAAAUCCUUCUAGCGUAAAAUGCCAACCAGAAACAACUUCUCCUUCUUUUAUAUCGAAAAGCAGCCUGCACACUUAUGCUUUAGUGCCACACAAAACAUCACUGACAGAUCCUGCCACUACGGUUUGUGUUUGUUUUGGGAGCACAAAAAAAAAUCAAUCAGUCUUGUUGGCGAUGGCAAACGAUACACUUGUUCCGAUUCAUCCCCACGAGUGGACUGAAUUACGGGAUUUGUUUAAGAGUGAUUGGCCUGAGCACAUGUUCGCUUAUGGUGUCCUCAACAACUAUACCCGAUGGAGAGCAAAUGAUCCGACUCUAGAAGUAGCGAUCUACUCAUACAAUGGAACCUGGAGACAAAAUGGUAUUUUUAUAUUGUUUGAUGAGUUCGAAAUCUAUUUUUAUUCGUUCGAGUCAUCUGAAAACUAUCCUUCCUUGACAGAGGCACUGUGCCUAAUAAAAUGGCAAAACUAUUCGGAAGUGAGUCUUGACUUCCUAGAGAAACACAGGCCGGCGCUAAACGGCGCAAUCGAACGACUCGAUUUACAAGUCAAAAAUGAUCGAGUUGCUUUUGUUUACCACAUGUCAAAAGAAAGAGCAACAGGUUUGAAAGUAACAGUUCCCCCUGGAAUGCGUCUGGCAACGGUAGCGCUUCCAUAUUUGGACUUCAUAUAUGAGCAAUGGCCUCUCAAGGCCAGCAUCAGCCUCGAAUCGGGAAAGAAUCUGCUAAGACGACUUAUUUUAUUUAAUGAUAAUGUUGGCCUCUACGACAACCGGGAAAAUCUGGUCUGCUGGUGUUUACGAGAUCAAACGGGAGCCUUUUCGGAUCUACAAACAGCAUCGAAUCAGGUGAGAAAAGGAUACGCCCAAAUAGUUGUUACAAAAAUAGCACAACAGCUUGCGAGCCAUGGAGAUGACUCGUAUGCUUUCAUCCUGGAUGAUAACUUUAAAUCGUGCAAGCUUUUCGAAAAAGUUGGGUUUGUCUGUAUCGGUAACAUAAACUGGGUUGUAAUAAGAAAAAGUCUUAACUAGAUUUUUUUUUAAUGUUCCUUGUUCGCAUCAUUCUAAUAAACAUCCCAAAAGGACGCUGGAAAA